UAUUCAUUCCCAUAAAGUAGGAAAACCUUCACUCUCAUUCACCAGCUCAAGCAAUUCAAAACAUGGAAAUAAAGAGGUAUUUGAGCAGAAUGGGCCACCGGCGUCUCGACUACGGUGGGACGACCACCACCGGCCAACGAAAGAAGAUGCAGAUGAUACGGAUGAGAGGUCCGCGUAAGGAUCGGAGGGUCAGAACAAGCCCAAAGCUAAGAUGGAUGAUGAGAUCACCAAUGAAGUUGGUGAGAAAUGUUAAGAAUGUUUAUAUGAAGUUUAUGUUAAAGUUGGCUGGUAAUGUAGGAGGGGCAUUGAACACUGAUAACAAGUUUGGUGUGAAACGGAUUCCAAAAGCUCCUCAAGUGUCUUCUAAAGGUUGUUCUGGUGAUGCAUUUGAGGCUAGACUUAUAUUUGAGAUUUCUAAGAACUUGGUUUCUUCACAUGAACUAUAUUCCAUGUAAUUGAUUGUUCAUUUUGUUUUCUUAAUUUUAUUGUAAAGUA